AACUAAUAUUUAAGAUCGUUGAGUCACCAAAAACAAAAUAUCUUAUUAUUUAAGAUCAUUGACUAGAGCAUACAAGAGUCACUCAUUUGUGAUCCCUUUUGUUCCCAAAACAAUAAUGCAACAAAAAAGAACAUUGAUUUUCUUAUUGGUUGCCUUGAUAGCGUUGGCAUACAGGGCGAUCCAGCCGCCUCCCCCAAGAACAUGCGGUUCACCGGGUGGUCCGCCCACCACAGCACCAAGAAUAAGGCUUAGAGAUGGGAGGCAUUUGGCAUACAAGGAACAUGGUGUUCCUAGAGAAUUAGCCAAGAACAAGAUCGUCUUCUUACACGGCUUUGCUUCUACCAGACAUGAUACUGUGAUUACAGUGAAUCUUCCUUCGGGUCUUCUAGAGGAACUGGGAGCAUAUAUAGUGUCUUUUGAUAGACCAGGGUAUGGGGAGAGUGAUCCGGAUCCAAUCCGAACACCCAAAAGUUUGGCUUUUGAUGUUGAAGAGCUUGCAGAUAAGCUGGGACUUGGACCCAAGUUUUAUGUUUUUGGAUAUUCCAUGGGAGGGCAGGCUGUUUGGGGUGUCCUCAAGUACAUCCCUCACAGACUUGCUGGAGCAACACUAUUGACCCCAGUUACCAACUACUGGUGGAAUGCUUUCCCUUCUAACUUGUUUACAAAGGCUUACUACAAGCAACCUGCACAAGACCAAUGGGCUGUUGGAGUUGCUCAUUACUUACCAUCGCUAACAUAUUGGUGGAUCACUCAGAAGUGGUUUCCAACAUCAAGUGUUGUGGAAUACAAUCCUGCUAUUUUCUCACAACAAGAUUUAUCCAUAAUUCGCUCUUCUAAUUUUUCAAAAGGUCGAGAAAAUCAGGCGGUGCAACAAGGUGAAUCUGAAUCCAUUUGCCGUGACAUGAUCAUUGGAUUUGGAGCUUGGGACUUCGAUCCCCUCAAGAUUGAUAACCCAUUUCCAAAGAAUGAAGGCCAGGUUCAUCUAUGGCAAGGUGAAGAUGAUCAGCUUGUUCCUGCUAUGCUACAACGCUAUCUUGCUCAAAACAUUCCAUGGAUUCACUACCAUGAAUUGCCAGGUGCAGGGCACAUGUUUCCGUUAGGAGACAAACUCAAUGAAGUCAUUCUCAAAACACAAUUACUUAUAUGAG